AUGGCAGAGGAAGAAGAGACGCGUGUGUGCGGCCGAUGUAAAUCGGAGGUGGCCGAGUCCAACUUCACGCUGCAUGAGUCGCACUGCAGCCGCUUCCUGUGUGUGUGCGACGCAUGUGACGAGAGCGUCCCCAAGUCUGAGCUGCAGAAGCACAAGGACGAGCAACACACAAAGGUUCGAUGCAGCAAAUGCAAGAAGAAGAUGGAGAGACGCUUCAUUACGGAGCACGAGGUAAAUUGA